AUCCCUACCUGUCUUCUUCCCCAAAGCCCCACCGCAAACAAGUUGCACAGCACAGCACACCACUCCUCGUCUGCUCUGCUCCUUCAACACCCCCUCCCUCUCCCUCCUGCAAUGCCAUACUCCUAGGCUCCAGGGGGCGUGCGAGCUCUGAAGCCAUGGUAGCCGGCGCCGGGAACCCCGGGCGGCCUGUCGCCGUCCUCGCUCUCCUCCUCUUCCUCCUCGCCGCCGCCGCGGCGCCCGCGGCUUCAGGGGCCGGGUCCGCGGCCGUGAACGGGGACCGCCUCCGGGCAGAGCAGAUCCGGAAGCAGGCCUCGGACGCCGCCGCAUCCGCCGCCGCGCUCGCCGCGGCGUCGCGCAGGCUCCACCUCGACCGCGCGCGGCACCUCCGCCUCCUCUCCUCGCUCCACCGCAACCUCACCAACACGCUCCGCGCCCUCUCCAUAGCCGCCGACUCCGCCUCCGCCUCGGACGCUUCCUCCGGCUCCGGCUCCGACUCCGCCUCCGCCAACGUUUCGUCCUCCCGCCUGCUCGACCUCCAGGCCAAGGACCUCAUCCGCGCCGCGCGCGCCGCCAUCGCCGACUCCAAGCCGCUCUUCGACCCGCAGCUCAAGAUCCAGCGCCUCAAGGACACCAUCUUCGCGCAGAACGAGCUGCUCGCGCGCGCCAAGAAGCGCGGCGCCUUCGCCUCCCUCAUCGCCGCCAAGUCCAUCCCCAAGCCGCUCCACUGCCUCGCCGUCCGCCUCACCGCCGAGCGGAUCGCAAGGCCCGACCACUACGCAGACCCGGUGCCGCCGCCGCGGGCGCUCGAGGACCCCGCGCUCUUCCACUAUGCGAUCUUCUCCGACAACGUGCUCGCGGCCUCAUGCGUCGUGCGCUCCGCCGUAGCCAACUCCAACGAUCCCUCUAAGCACGUCUUCCAUGUUGUCACCGACCGGAUGAACCUCGGCGCCAUGCAGGUGAUAAUACGCCGAAUGGACUUAAAAGGUGCACACUAUGAGGUUAAAGCAUUUGAGGAUUACAAAUUCCUCAACUCCUCAUACGUUCCUGUGCUCCGGCAACUGGAGUCAGCAAACCUCCAGAAAUUCUAUUUUGAGAACAAGCUUGAGAAUGCCACCAAAGAUGCUAGCAAUAUGAAGUUUAGGAAUCCCAAAUAUCUGUCUAUGCUUAAUCACUUGCGAUUCUAUUUGCCGGAGAUGUACCCAAAGCUACACCGCAUUCUUUUCCUGGAUGAUGAUGUUGUGGUACAAAGGGAUCUUACUGGACUCUGGAAGAUUGACAUGGAUGGGAAGGUGAAUGGGGCAGUAGAAACAUGCUUUGGAUCUUUUCAUCGAUAUGCACAGUAUAUGAAUUUCUCACACCCCCUUAUCAAAGCAAAGUUUAAUCCUAAUGCCUGUGGUUGGGCAUACGGAAUGAAUUUCUUUGAUCUUGAUUCUUGGAGGAGGGAGAAGUGUACUGAGCAGUACCAUUAUUGGCAGAAUCAGAACGAGAACCGGACAUUAUGGAAGCUAGGAACGCUACCCCCAGGCUUAAUCACUUUCUACUCCACCACAAAACCUCUUGAGAAAUCUUGGCAUGUUCUUGGACUUGGAUACAAUCCAAGCAUCAGCAUGGAGGAGAUUAGAAAUGCUGCUGUUGUGCAUUUCAAUGGCAACAUGAAGCCCUGGCUUGACAUCGGUAUGAACCAGUUCAGGCACCUUUGGACAAAGUACGUGGACUAUGAUGACUCAUAUAUUCGUCAAUGCAAUUUCGCACCACCAUAGAAGGCUUAAUAAUCUGCAUCAAAGAAUUUCUCCAUUCUUCGACUGAAAACCGAGCAGUUUGUCCAUUAGAACUAGAGACUGCCACUAGAGGAAAUCUAGGGGAGAAUGCCGCAAGCACGUUUUCUGUAGAGAUUCAAGGAGUUUCUCAAGUACAACUGAAGGGACCACCACAAUUCUUUCUAGAUCAUAUUGUAUGUCAUUAAGUUAUGGUUAAAGUAAUGUUUGCCACAUACAUGAGCAUUAUUAUCGUUGUGUAUGUUAUCUCCACAAUGCUGUAUGUAUAUGCCGAAGUCAGAUAUAUUUUUGUUUACGUGGAUCCAAGAAGUAAAGUGUCUGAUGUAUUUCAGUCAUCAUUGCCCAAAGCAUUUACAAAAAAACACUAAAUACUAAUUGUAAGCUCCGGAAUGUCAUUGUAUAUUUCUGUGUCA